UUAAAAGGGGUUUUGCUCCAUCAUUUGCAAAUUCACCUACCAAGAUCGGAUUCAAUUUCUGUAAAUUAAAAAAAAAACCAGAAGGUUUGAGUUUUACAUGGCUAACGGUGAAGUAGCUAUAGCUUUGGAGAAGAUGGAAGAGAAAGCUGAAGCAAUUCCAGUUGCAGACAACUCGAAAGAGAAAGUUGCAAGUAGUCAUUCAAAACCAGAGGCUACAGUGGAAAAUUCAGUCAUGAAAGAUGAACAUGGAUCAAGUAAGAAAUGGUCACCAAAAGAGGAGGAAGCUCAUGAUCCUCCUCAGGGGUGCUUCCUUCAAAAGUGGAAGAAGAUAUUUGUAGCGUCGUGUCUGUUUGCUGUUUUAUUGGAUCCAUUGUUUCUCUACGUUCCUAUGAUGAGGGAUGAAAUCAAGUGCCUGCUAUACGACAGAAACUUGAAGAUUGCCGCUCUUCUUUUAAGAUCAGUCACUGAUCUUUUCUAUAUAUUGGACAUCAUUUUUCAAAUUUAUGCAUCACCCAACUAUUCUGAUGUCAUGGAUCUAUAUCGUCGUAUUAGGCUGUACUGCUCGAAAAUAAGAUUUUGGAGGAAAUAUUUUGUGCCAACAAUUGCUAAGACAAUCUUGGGGUCAUACAAUAUCUUAAUUGACAUUAUGGCCAUUCUUCCGCUUCCACAGGUAGCAAUUCUCAUUUUCUUUUCAGAAAUGAGCGACUUGAGAUCUUUGACGGCAAUAAGGAUGGUUAUCAUGAACCUUUUUGUUUCAUUGCAAUAUGUGCCACGAGCUCUUCGCAUCUACUUAUCAUGUAAGGAACUUAAAAGGGCUCCUAAAAAAGAGACUGGAGAGACUGCCAUUUGGGUUAAAGGUGUCUUGAAUUUCUUUAUGUACAUCCUUUCUAGUCAUGUACUUGGUGCCAUAUGCUACUUUUUCGCUAUUCAACGUAUGGCCACUUGUUGGAGUAAUGCAUGUCGCAAAGCAAAUGGAUGUAACACUAGUACUUUUGGAUGUCGUUACCAUCACACAGAUAGAAAUAUUACAUUUCUAAAUGAUUUAUGCCCUAUAAGUCCAGUGAAUACAUCGCUCUUUGAUUUUGGUAUAUAUAUUACAGUCCUUCAAUCUGGUAUAAUGGGAUCAACAAAUUAUUUUCAAAAGUUCUCCAAUUGUUUUUGGUGGGGACUGCGAAAUUUGAGUUCUCUUGGUUCAAAUCUUGAGCCUAGCGUCGAUGGAUGGGAGAACCUAUUUGCAGCGUUCAUCUCUAUAAUUGGAUUGCUUUUAUUCUUAUAUCUCAUUGGAAAUUUGCAGACAUACAUGCAGUUUGAUACUGCAAGAAUAGAGGCGCAUAGACACAAUAUGAAAGUGGAACAGAAGAUGGAAGAGAAAGCUCCCGAGAUAGAGUCGUGGUUUUCUAAAAAUGGCAUCCCCAAAAAGUUGCAUGAUUUGAAGUUGAAUAUCAUGAACAAGGUACGACAAGAACUUGAAGAAAACAGGGAUGCUGAUUUGCACUAUAUCCUCUCUAAUCUUCCCGUGGAUCUUCGGAGCCAUAUUGAAAGUUGUAUGCCUAUGGCUAGGUUGAAGAAAGUGCUAACUUUGAAAAAAAUGGAUGAACGUAUGUUGAGAAGAAUUUGUCAGUGUCUUGAGCCCAGGGAAUUUGAUGACUAUUCUAUCAUCAUUGAAAAGGGUAAACCACUUGAAAUAAUGCUAUUCAUUGUGGAGGGAAAUGUAAGCAUUGAAAAGAGGAAUGGUUCUUCUCCUUCUAGUAAUAAUUUGCAGCAACUACCUCGAGGUGCCGGAGAAGUAUGUGGAGAAGAACUUCUACGUUGGCCAUUGUCGACCUUAUAUCCUCGGGGCGCAUUACUCUUGGCAACCGAGUCUGCCAAGGCAAUAGGUCAUGUUGAAGCCCUUGUUCUCAAGGCUAUAGACUUGCGGGGAGUGGUCGAUACCGACUAUUUCGUUGGGAUGAUGCGUAGAACAUUUAGUGCAAAAGAACUUGAGAAGGCAACAGACAACUACCAUCCAAGUAGAAUCAUUCAUGAAGAACGGGGCUUUGCAACCUUUUACAAAGGGGUACUGCCCAUGCCAGAUGAUGAUAAAACAGUGGUUGCGGUAAAGAAAUACGCAAAGGACUCAUUGCCUACAUGGGAUGUAGCUGUUGAGGCGGCUGUUGCUUCUCAGACCAACCACAUAAAUGUGGUGAGGUUCUUAGGUGGUUGUGUGGAAGAAGAAAAAGAACCCGCACUGGUUUUUGAGUACAUUCCCAAUGGCACCCUUUUUGAGCACAUUCAUAAAGAAGAAGCAGCAGGCAGCUUUGAAGGAUCAUCAUCGUCACCAACUGCUCUACUUUCAUUGGAGUUACGACUCAAGAUAGCGUCAGAAACAGCUGGAGCACUAGCUUACUUACACUCACUCACUCCGCCAAUCAUACACCUACGUUUGUCGACAAAACAUAUACUAUUGGAUUAUCAUAACACCGCAAAGUUGUCUGCCAUUGGAAAGUCGCAAGCAGACCCACAUUCAAGUCAAUACAUG